AUUCAUUUUCAACGACUAUGCUUUUAUCACUCAGGAGAUACACACGUGACAUCCCAGGAAAAGCACGUGACGCGCCCCGUUUUCGCUCUCGAUUCGUUACUGUGAAAACUGAAAAACUUUUUUCUCAAUGUCGAUUCCCGUUACCGUCCUGGGAUUCUCGCUUCUUGCUGCGGUUUGCCAGUUCCCACGUCAAUCCCUAAUAUAACCGUAAAUCAGCAUGAAUUUCCUGAUUGAAGCUUUCAAGCCUGCAUGUUCUAUCUCCAUCAAAUUUUCCGAUGGAAAAACCCGCAAACGGGUCCCAAUUAAAAGGGAAAAUGGCCAAACGCUUUUGGCGCCGCUUUUCCGAAAUCAAGAAAAUAUUGCUGGGAAGCCACCUUCAGAUUACCAUAGAACCACAUCAAGGGAAGAGAAUUGAACAUAAUGGUGUGAAAGUUGAGCUCCUUGGCCAAAUAGAGAUGUAUCUUGACAGAGGCAACUUUUAUGACUUUACCUCUCUUGUACGUGAAUUGGAUGUUCCUGGAGAUAUAUACGAGAGAACAACGUACCCAUUUGAAUUUUCUAUGGUUGAAAUGCCAUAUGAAACUUAUAAUGGUGUGAAUGUGCGGCUUAGGUAUGUCUUGAAAGUAACAGUUAGUCGUAAUUAUGGUGGAAGCAUAAUCGAAUACCUGAACUUCUUGGUUCACAAUUAUUCUCCACCUCCAUCAAUCAACACUAGCAUCAAGAUGGAAGUUGGAAUUGAAGAUUGCUUGCACAUUGAAUUUGAGUACAAUAAAAGCAAGUAUCAUCUGAAAGAUGUAAUUAUAGGGAAGAUAUAUUAUUUUCUGGUGAAGAUAAAGAUUAAGACUAUGGAUAUUGAGAUCAGGCGGCGAGAGUCAACAGUAACAGGAGCCACUAACCAUGUUGAGACUGAAACACUAGCUAAAUUUGAGUUGAUGGAUGGUGCUCCUGUCAGAGGUGAAUCAAUUCCAGUGAGGCUGUUUCUUAGUCCAUAUGAACUGACGCCAACACAUCGCAACAUUAACAACAAAUUCAGUGUGAAGUACUACUUGAAUCUUGUGCUGGUAGAUGAGGAGGGUCUCCGCUAUUUCAAACAGCAGCAAAUCACUAUCUACAGGCUGCCCUUGCAGGAUACCUGAUUAUUUUAAACCCUCACAUUUCAUCAACUAAUUUAAGUUGAGAUGGUCUUAUCAUUAUUUUUUCUUUCAUUAUAUUUUUAAUACAUUAAUUGUUACGAUUCAAAUAUGCAAGCUCCAUUCAGAAA